AUGGCUCGGCUAUGGGACAACCGUAAAAGCAAACACUUCUGUGGAGGUAGUGUACUAAACAAUUGGUGGGUAGUCACAGCCGCUCACUGUAUCACCAAACAGGGCGUUGAUGCAUCUACUCUCUUUAUACGAUUGGGCGAUUAUGAUGACGUGGAAUUGGAAAAUGAAGAGAUUCUUCACGAAGUAGACGAGAUAAUUGUACACCCCGAUUACAGGGGCAGCACUUUUGACUCGGAUAUUGCUCUGAUACGUCUGGCAAACAAAGUCACUUUCACGGAUCACAUUUUGCCAGUUUGCUUGCCACCACGAGAGGUGGCUAUGUCGAUGCUGAAGAAGGGAACGAUGGGACGUGUCUUGGGGUGGGGAAGCAUCCGGGAAGGAGGGACAUAUCCACGGUACUUGAAAGAAGUGGAGCUACCGGUAAGAAGGAUAGGUGAAUGUCGCAAAUCAACAAGAUUUAGCGUCACAACGAACAUGUUCUGUGCUGGCUACAAACUUGAAAUGCGGGGUGAUUCAUGUAAGGGUGACAGCGGUGGUCCGAUGGUACAACGAAGUACAGAGAAUAAAUGGCAGCUCGUUGGGAUUGUCAGCUGGGGGGAAGGGUGUGCGGAAAGAGACAAGUUCGGAUUUUACACCAAAGUGUACAAGUUCAACCAAUGGAUCCAAGGCACCAUUAGAGAGUAA